ACGCUUGCUUGGCAACGCCAAGGCUGUGGACCUGCCUCUAUACCAUCGCCCGUCACUAGACUAACCUAGUGAUAAUACUCGGAAACUUUAGAUAUCUGCCGCCCCGGUGAACCAAGGUGUCACAUUCGGACAAAUAUGGAUUUACAAUGGGUGAUGGGCCCGAAGCGCCAAAAGGCCAAGAAGAUCUCGGACGAGACAUGGCAGGAACAUGAAGAGAAUAUCCGCGAAAUGUUUGGGGUCAUGACAUUGGAUCAACUUAUAGCCAACAUGAAGAUGUUGCACGGAUUUGAAGCCACACCGCGCCAGUACUCCACGCGCUUAGAAGGUUGGGGUUUGAAGAAAUACAAGACCAAGCCAACUGUUUCCGACAAUGAAUCUUCAGAGUUUAGUGAAUCAUCGCCCGACCAGUGCGGCAUUGCUCUGAUAGACGCCCAGCGCCCAGCUGUGGAUGCUCCAAAACGACGAAGAAGCGCACAGGACGUUGGUAAUCGAGACAGUCUGCCCUCGGUAUCCGAACUGUCGAAAAAUAAGAAGAGCAAGACAGGUCAGCAGGUCGUAGCUGACUCUUCCCCGGAGUGUGAAAAAGGCAAUGAUUGUGUCCUGACAACCGGCUCUGCUGUAUCCGAAGCCAGUGGGAAUUCCAGCCUGCGUACAGACUCCUCUCGACCUAUUUCAGUCAUCCAAACCAAGAGUCAACCACCAUGGCCCCCCAGCCAGUCAUUGCCAGAACCCCUAGCAGAUUCGUUCUUAGGUCGAUGGCGAACCAUUACAACAGACGAAUUUCUCAAGACCAUAUCCCUGAAAAGAUGCGUAAUCGUCGCACAGGAUGCUGAGGUCUGUGUCCGUAGCGGCUCAAAGCCUAGCACAAAGCUACGGGAGGAUAUGGGAACCAGCCUGAGGAAAAUCGCCGAUUACCUUUUCGCCCUGGGAUAUUUCAAAGAAGCUGCCAACCUCUACAUACUUCUUCUUCUGGACGAGCAGUCGGGCUUCAGUUCCGGUAAACUCUUGACGUACUACCUAAUCAUGUGUGCACGAUCGGCACGGACGUCAGCGCAGUAUGACAUUGUGCAAAACAUUCUAUCGAAACGAUUAAGUUGGUUCACAGUCCGAGGUGUCCUUGCGGCCGAAAGAUUCCUGGCGCACAUUCUCAAGGCUAAGAUGUUCGCGCGGCAGGGAAACCGUAUUCAGGGCACCCGCAAUAUCGGUGCCGCCCAGCGCUUUGCAGAUGAUAUCGCUGAGAUGGGAGAUUGUUUGUUACAUCACUCCAUGGACAUCCUUGUCUAUAUACACUACAAGCGCCUCCAUUCUGUGAGCGCCACGGCCACAUUUCUCGAUCCCACCUUACUGAAAACAGACCCAUCAAACACCAAGACCCUGAGAUCCGUGGAGACAACACCGAUUAGCCACCAUGAUUUUAAGAUUCUUCGGUUGUUCUUACAACCAGAGCAGUCGUUUGAGCACAAGAUUGAUAUAUGGCAUGAUGGAAAGGUUCUUGCGGGUCUAAUGGAAGAGUCUUUCACUUGGUGCCUUGAAACAGUAAAACAACACCGGAAUCUAUCCAUACUAUGGAAGAUGCCAGACUGCAUCAAGCCAACGCAACUUGGCAUCAUGACUCCGCCACCUUGGGAAAACUCGCAAACCCAAGGCGGUUCCAAUCCGGGUACACGAGUUGACGAAGCGACUUUAAGUAUGCGGUUAUUUGAGCGUCUCUGGAAACAGUGGGAGACUGACUUCCCAUCAAACCAACCGAGUCCAAAUCUUGGAAUCUCCGUCGCCGAGCAUCUACAUAUUUGCUCGGAGCUAAUCAUUCAGUAUGGAGUAGAACACAUCACAGGACUAAUGAGUGAGGACUUAGUGGACACCUACCUCCGUCGACUCUAUGACAGGAUGGAACAAAUGAAUGAGAUUUCAUUAUUGCUGGGCCCGUACCAAAAGGCUCCAGGACUUUCGGCCGGCCAAACAGAGUCACACGGAAACUACAUGCUGACGAUGGCUUCAUCGAUCCGGUCUUCUGACUUGUCAAUGGGGAGGAUGAGAGACGCCGAGCGGGCUAUGAGGCAGCGAGCGGCAAGGGGAUCAUGCGACACGAUGACUUCUACUACGUCUCGUAUAUGGCGGGAAUCAGCCUCUAUUGACAGGCUGAGCGAUCAGUUUGAGUCCUUUAGCCUUUAUUCGCCUUCCUGGGCACGGUCUUCGCGGACAACGAGCUCGACUACUACACACAAGACAAUAGCUACGGAAGAAACAUCGCCGGAGUGGAUAUAGGCAAAUCACAGAAAAAGGAAGGAGUAGGCCAGUAUCGGUUCAGUUGCGACCUAUCUACGACAUAGCAGCGUUUUCGGCUCAGACCACCGAAGUGGUAGCUAUCACAGCUCUACCCAGGGAAACCUAGGUGCCCAUUCACGAAGUCAUUGCGAACACGUUACGACCUCGUCGCGUGUGCCCUCCAAACCAGUAUCCUCAGCAGAGCCCAUUUCCUCAUCAACUAUCUCAGCAGAACCUGGGGCAGGAGAGUCCUAGAAACGAGUUAGAAGAGAAGCAGUAACGAAGAGGUAGCGCAC